GCCGGGCGGGAAGGUGGGCUCUGGCCGCGGGGAACCGGGGACCGAGCCGCCGCCGCCCCUAGAGGGGAGCAGCCGGGACGAGGGGGCCGCAGUCCGGGGAGGGGGCCCCACGAUGCCCAAAGUCUUCCUGGUGAAGAGGAGGAGCCCGGGGGUCUCGGUUCGCAGCUGGGAUGAGCUCCCGGACGAGGAGAGGGCAGACACCUACAUCCCAGUGGGCCUGGGCCGUCUGCUCCACGACCCCCCCGAGGACUGCCGCAGCGACGGCGGCAGCAGCAGCAGCGGCGGCGGCAGCAACAGCGCGGGGGAGCCCGGAGGCGCGGAGAGCAGCUCGUCCCCGCGCGCCCCCGAGCCCGGCGAUGGCGAGGUCCCCGGUGGACACCUGGCGGCGAAGCAGCGCCCGGUCGCCAGGUCGAAAAUCAAGUUCACCACAGGCACCUGCGGUGGCGAUGCGGCGAUUCACACCUGCGACCUGUGCGGCAAGGCCUUCCGCCUGCAGCGCAUGCUCAACCGGCACCUCAAGUGCCACAGCCAGGUGAAGAGGCACCUGUGCAGCUUCUGCGGCAAGGGCUUCAACGACACCUUCGACCUCAAGAGGCACGUGCGCACGCACACAGGCAUUCGCCCCUACAAAUGUGACGUCUGCCACAAAGCCUUCACCCAGCGCUGCUCCUUGGAGUCCCACCUGAAGAAGAUUCAUGGGGUGCAGCAGCGGUAUGCCUACAAGCAGCGCCGGGACAAGCUGUACGUCUGUGAAGACUGUGGCUACACGGGCCCCACCCAGGAGGACCUGUACCUGCAUGUGAAUGGUGCCCACCCGGGCAGCGCGUUCCUCAAAAAGACAUCCAAGAAACUGGCAGCCCUCUUGCAAAACAAGCUGACAUCCACACUCCAGGGCAAUGCCAACCUGAGCGAGGAGGAGGAGAAGUAGGAGAGGGCAUGAAUGCCAACGCUGCCACGUGUCUACAGAUUCCCGGUCUUGAGGGCCCCCUGACCCAUGGGCUCUUUCUAAGUCCAAGUGUUCCGUCCAUCUCUCUGUCCUCUGGGGGCCUCAAUGGGGGGCUCCGUUCCAAGGCUGUCAGUGAUAACAGUGGCUUCAGGCCCCCCGUAACCUGUAUCCUCAGGAACACUGUCACAUGAAUGAAAGCUUGUGGAUGGCUAUGAUCACCGUCUGGGGUUUGGGGUUUUUUUUUUUUUUUUAGGAUUUUCACACAUGGAGGCAGGGGUGUUCUUAAGAGAGACACCCCUUGGAGAGAUUGAUAUGGUGCCUUGAAAUAAAAGUACUUCCACUUGAAAUGCUACUCCAGCAGGGAAAAU